CAUUGAUCUAAUGUUGGAGGAUAUUGCAAAGUUGAAGAUUUUUUCUGACACAAUUGAGCAUGCUAAGAUGGUUGUGAAGUUCCUUUAUGGUCAUGGGACUAUAUUUUCUUUGAUGAGAAAGUAUACAAACGGUAAAGAAAUUCUCCGUCCCGCUGUUACUCGCUUUGCUACUUCAUUUCUCACUCUUCAGAGUAUGUAUAAGGUUAAAAGGCCACUUGAACAAAUGUUUGCUUCCGAAGAUUGGGUUAGUUCACCACUAUCUCAAACAACUCAGGGGAAGGUCGUGAAGAGAAUUGUUAUUAAUGAUCCCAACUUUUGGCCACAUGUUGCAUUUUGUGUUAAGAGUGUUGUUCCUCUUGUAAGUGUGUUAAGGGAAGUUGAUUCGGAGGAGAGAUCGGCCAUGGGAUAUAUUUAUGAACUUAUGGAUAAGGCAAAAGAGACAAUAAAAUUUAAUUGUGGGGGAGUUGACAGAAAAUACAAACUCAUUUGGAAAAAAAUUGAUUCACGAUGGACUCCACAACUUCAUCAUCCUCUACACGCGGCCGGGUACUAUUUGAAUCCGCAAUUGCGUUAUGAAGAAAGAUUUUCUUAUUGUGAUGAAGUUAGAGAUGGAUUGUAUACUUGCAUGGAUAGGAUGUUGUCUUCUGAUGAUCGUCUUAAAGCAGACAUCCAAUUGGACUUAUAUAAUAAAGCUGAAGGAGAAUUUGGAACUCCAAUAGCAAAACGAACAAGAAUGUUGCGAACUCCGGUCUCGUGGUGGGAACGUUUUGGAAGUAAGACACCCGAGCUUACUACAUUUGCAAUUCGAGUGCUUGGUCUCACUUGUAGUGCUUCGGGAUGUGAAAGAAAUUGGAGCACUUUUGAAUCGAUUCAUACAAAAAAGAGAAAUAGGCUUGAACCUGCAAAGUUGAAUGCGUUGGUGUUUGUGAAAUAUAACUUCAAGCUUAGGGAGAGAAGUAUUAGGAGGAGAGACAAGAUUGAUCCCAUUGUAGUUGAUGAAAUUAAUUCAGAUGAUGAAUGGAUAACUGAGAAAGAAGGUCCAGUUCUCCCCGUAAUUACUAAAUGGCUUGAAGAUGAUGAAUUAUUUGAAAGUGAUCCUAUUGUGAGUGUGUCAUCUGCUACCUUUGAAAGUCUUUUCGACUCAGAUAAGCGAGUCGAAGAUGUUGAGGAUAUAGUUGAAGUUCCUCCUACGAAUUCAAAAAAAAGAGUUGCUGAAAAUUCAAGUGGAAGCAAAGACAAACAAGCAAGGUUGAGUCUUGUUGAUGUGGAAGAUAAUCAUCUUGAUGCUGAAAAUUAUGGAGUAAUUUCAACUUUUGAUAGUGGAAAUUUUCCAACCAUAGACACUAUUGAUGAUGAUAGUGAUAUAGAGUUGGAUGAUACUGAUUAUUUUUAAGUUAUGUUGUUUUAAUUAUAAGACUUUUUAAAUUGUUGGUAUUGGGAUAUUUUGACAUGUAAUGAAUUAUUAUGAUUAAUUUUAGGUUAUGUUAUUUUUAUUUUACUUAUAUAAGUAUAUUUUAUUUUUUAAAAUUUAAACAUUGACGUGCACGAAAAGCUUGCGCUAUACGCUAUGCUAUUUACGCUACGCAAUGACAAGACAAAAACGCUAUGAACCAACGCUACGCGAUUUAAAACACUGAUGCGGAUGCGGUUGUAAAAGAGGAGAGGAGGAAGAGAAGGAGAAGGUUUGCUAGUUCUAACAUUGCUGGAAGAACAGGAGAAGGCAGCAGAAGAAAAGGAGAGGGAGAUAAAAGG